AUGAGUAACAUUCCCCAAGAAAUCGACGAUUACAUCAAAGAAUCAAUCUACCAUUCUCUCGGCCUUCCCGUCUCCAAACACACACUGGAAUUGAAACUCGUCGCCUCCGAAGCCGCACAGCAACACCUUCGCGUUCAAUGCCUCUCCUUGCAAUCUAAAUUAAACCACCAAAUCCUCGCAGCCCAAAGUUCCAAGGCGGAGGCCAAGUUGAGUGCGCAGGCGUUGAAGAAGGCAAUUGAGAAAAACGGAGACCUCUCAGAGGAGAAUUCGGCUCUGACUCUGCAAUGCAAGAAACUGAAAGCCUUUGCCAACAAAUUGAAGAUGGCCGUCGAUCGCGCCAACGAAGAAACGGCUCGUGUGCGUGAAUUGGAACAGGAGAUGAACGAAUUAACGGACGAUUUGUAUUUCUUCCAGAAUCAAUACCAAACGCGAAAGUUUCAUUCAUCUUCCAUGGAGGAGGAUUUGGUUGACUCUGUUUUGGCCGCUUUUAUUGGGGAAACAGAGGCUCCUGCUGCAGAGUUCUUGUUACACAACGCAGGCUACAGUUCGUGUCGAAGAUUGCUCUACUUGUCCAACAGCUUAAGCCCUGCAACUCAGAAAGCUCUGUCUCUGGCUGCUAAAAUUAAGGAACUUGAGAAAAACAAGGAAGAACUCCAGCUCCUCCUCCGUACAGCUCAAGAAGAGGUAAAAUUCUUAAACGAACAAAUCGAUUAUCUGAUGGAAGAUCAAACGUCGACGUCCCAUGAAGAAGGAAGCCAACGACGUUGUGGAGGGAAACCACCAGCCAGUAGUGACUAUGCCUCUGUGAAGUUACAUGGCGGAGAACAGUCUGACUCGGACGAUUGAUUGCGCCUUCGAUCCAACAAAACAUCGUCCCUCCAGGGUUCUCUUCUCAUAAUGAUUUAAUGAUAUAUUUUUUUGGGUUCAACUGUAAAUAUAAUA